UAGCAGCUGUUGGUCUAUCGUGCAAACGUGUGUGUUAGCCAUACCAUGCAGAUGUGCACAUUCCUCAUUGAGCAUCCCAGUAAAUGUGAAGAGGGCAAACACCAGGAGAGAGAACAGGAUCGUCAGCGCCUCCAGCUCAGUGAAAGGAGAUCCCAUCUACAUGUGAUGCGAUGAGACCACUGCCACCGCUGUGUGUCGACAGCAAAUACUUCAUCUGUCAGAUCACCUGCUUUCCAUCAAAAGUCAAAUCCCCUCCCAAUCACACGGUGAAUCAGAGUGAGAAUAAAAACGUACCCUCGGGUGUUACAGGAACACUGAAAUGUCAAACACGUUCUCUCUUUAUCACCAUCUCUCUGUGUCUGGGUGUGAAACCCACAUGCCCUCUCCAUUUCAGCAGUGUUAGCUGAGAACAGACCUGCUGAUGUGUUACAGACAAGCUGCUGAAUACAGCAGGCAGACAGUGGAAGAGGAGAAGGAGGAGGAGGAGGAGGUGUGCACUGUUGAGGAGUUUCCCAGUCGUCAUGACGACCUCACACCCCGCCAUCUUCAGAUCUAUCUUUCUGUUGCCACGGUGACCUGAUCCUGUUCCAUCUCCACUCCUAGUAAUGAUCCAGUUCGGACGGAUGAAGGAGAGCAACCCUGGAGUGCCGGCUCUUUUCACUGACAACAGCUCUUGGAUGGGACGGGGAAUUACAGACAGCAACGAGAAUCUGAAGCCAAGGAGGUGCAACACACUGGGAAUGCUGUGGCAAUAACGCACAGGAGUGUUGCCUGGAAACAGCAACAUGCCAGUACAACAGAUAACUGUGGUGCCGCCCAGGGACGCAGUCAGCAACGGCAAGAGCGUGCCUAGCUCCAAAGACAAAAACGAGGGAAGAAAGGCUGCUGGCCGCUCAGGAAGUCGAUCCAGCAACAUCUCCAAGGCCAGCAACUCUACGACAGGACUAAAUACAACCUCAAGGGCAUCAGUCACUCCUUCUUCUCAGGACAUAUGCAGCCAGCUGAUGCGUUUAGAGGAGGAUGCCUCUGAAACACACAAACACAGUAAGCACACACGCACCUCUGAGAGGACAGUCACCAGCAAAACCAUGGGUUCAUCGGCUCAUGUCCAGAAGAAACCGGUGAAGCGUUGUCACCGCCGCAGGAGGAGCAGCUGUGCUGCCACAGACUGCGUGGAAACCAUCAGCAAACAGGAGCAGACAGACCGCAGUGACCGCAGCCUUAGUUCUGACCGCAGCGAGAAGGGGGAAAAGAGGGAGCAGUCUUUCAAGAUUCGAAGGGAACUUCCCCCUCGUCUCCGCUGCACAGGGGCCCCACAGUCUGACUCCUCUUCUGAGAAUGAGAUGUGGCGUGAUGCUCGCAGCUGGAGUAAAGAGAAAGCCCGAAGGGUGCACCGGUGCAACAGAAACAGUCGGGAGAAGGAUGGGGCAAACAGGAAUAAAGGAAGUGAAGACAAAACAGAGAUCAUGGAGCUGCAGUCAGUGGUCUCAGAUGAAGGGACAGAGAAACUGCCUCUGGAGGAGGACAGUGAUGGCUUAGACAGGGGGAUGGAGGAACGGCCUUUGGUGGAGGACAGCGGAGGCCUUAAGAAGCGGCACAGCAGCCAGAGUUCUAUGAAGAGAGACGACCACACUUCACAGAGGGAAGUUUCACAAAGCAGAGAUAAGGAGAAGAGCUACAAGUCACAUGACCCAGGAGGCAGUUCAUCACAGGCGGAGUAUGACAAAGAGCUCACCACCAAGAGAUACCAAGAAAAGGGAUUGGGGGGUGGAGACACGUCAGCGCCCACUCCACAGACUCACUGCAGUAUGAAUGGAGAUGCACCACAGCUCUGCUCUGAGGAUUCUGAGGAGGUCUGCAGGAUCUGCCACUGUGAGGGGGAGGACGAGUUCCCACUGAUUAUGCCUUGUCGCUGCACAGGGAGCCUGAGUUUUGUGCACCAGUCUUGUCUGAACCAGUGGAUCAAAUCCUCAGACACUCGCUGCUGUGAACUCUGCAAGUUUGACUUUGUCAUGGAGACGAAGCUCAAACCUUUAAGCAAGUGGGAAAAACUACACAUGUCGAAGAGUGAGAGGAGAAAGAUCUUCUGUUCAGUGUUGUUUCACCUCAUAGCAAUAGUGUGUAUGUUGUGGUCAAUCUACAUACUGGUCAAGAGAACCACUGAAGAGAUCAGGCUUGGGAAGAACGACGAAAUAUGGAGAGUUACUCUACUGAAGUACUAUUCGGAGCAUGCUGUGCUGGAGUGGCCCUUCUGGACCAAGCUGAUCGUGGUGGGCAUAGGUUUCACAGGCGGCCUCAUUUUCAUGUACAUUCAGUGUAAAGUGUACAUGCAGCUGUGGCGCCGUCUCAAGGCCUUCAACCGUAUCAUCACUGUUCAGAACUGCCCCGAAAAGGACCCACGCCAUUCUCAGACCCAGUCCUUCACCAUCUCCAAUGGCAGACGUGAAGCUGUGGAGGUCCCGGUCAGCCCGGUGGUCAGCCCGGUGGUCAGCCCAGCGCCCAUCCUGGCUCCACAGGCACAAACAGACUCAGACAUGUCAGUGGAGGAUGCAGUGGCACCGGUUUAACCCUGUCAAACAGGAUAAACCCUGUUUGACAGAUUUAGCUCCAGCAAUCGUUCAGAAUCCUGAAUCACAUCACGCUCAAUCACAAUCUGGUGUGACCGAGGUGUGAUUUUGACUCCUGUUGUAUUUUUGGUGAGUUGUUCUCAGCACUUGGGAUUACUGAUCUCAUCACAUGACAUCAGAAGUGAUCCUGUUUCUCAGUGAUCAUGACAAAUUGAAGGGCUGCAGUAACAUGACUGUUCAUGUGGGAGGAGUUAAAAGGAAAAUUAAGCCAUCAGCAAAAGUGACUUUGUUAUCAAGUAAACACAUGCUUUUAUAUUUCUGUAUGCACUAUCAAGAACUGCACUGAUGGUUACAUGUGUAACCAGCACAUGGUGGAGGCUGUUAAACAAAGGUCUCAGUGUGCUAUGAAACAAACCUGGGAUUGGGAAUUUGUAUGAACACGUCAGCUGCUUUAAAAUUUGCCACCAAAAACACCAUCAACUGUUGAAAUGCACAUAGCAGUGCAAAACUAGACUGUCAUUCAAAGCCUUGGAAAAAUUCAAAUAGUGACUCAAGUACUUUUAUCAAAAAACAGUUUAAUCCCUGCCUCCUCUCUGACAUCUGCACUGAGUGAACAGGCAGAUAUACAGUAGACGGUAGACACACACACUGGCACAUCUGUUCACACACAUAAGAUGCCCUGGUUAGAGCCUCCACACUUGUGUUUACUGUUGUCUGAAGAACAGAGGUGGAAAAGAUGAUUUUUUUAGACACGGUCCAACCAGGUUUUUGUUUGAAACGUUCUGAGGUAUUCUCUCCCUUUGGACAAGCAGAUCUUCAGGCACCAAAGAGACAAAUAUACACAGAACUAUUGACUUAGCAUAUUUAGCUCACUCUUGAUAUUGAAUAAACUUAAGUGUUUUGAAAAGUAAUUUACUGUAUUAGGAAAAUUAUUAUGUCUUAAAAAAUUGUAAAUAGCCUGGUUGUUUAUGAUGCUUUCCUCAUACAGCUGCAUGUGGUCCUACUCAGAAUCUACUCUCUUAGUUUCUUAGACAUAACUACAGCACUAACAUAUUUAAAUUAUUGUAAAACAAGUGUUAAUGUUUUACAUUUUAUUUUCAGUGUUUGUCUCUAUUUGUACCGACACUGUUAUGAGUGACUGUUUACACUUUUCUACAGGUUUAUUUCUUCUUUUCACUGUCAUGUCGCAGAAAAGACCGUUUCCUCAAAUUGUGUCUUGUCUCCACGACAAUAUUAGAGCACUCGACACCUUUGUAUGUGUGACUGUAUAAGACGGAUUAUUCAGGUUUAAUUUGAUGCAUGCUUAUGUAAUAAACAAUGAUUGUAGAACCUCU